CGACUCCGCGUGCGUUAGCUCAUAAAGUAUAUGGAAUAGUGAAUAUAAUUAUCAGAUAAUUAUAUGUUAAUUUAAUACGCCCCACCAUACAAAAUGACACUAUCAAACGAAACACUACUGUAGCAGUUCAAAUUAUUUCCAUGUGGGUUUCCGACGCGAACGUGAUAAUAUUAUAAUUCCUCAAACUGGUGUAAUAACAGUAACCGUGUUUUCACCAUGGCGUUGGGAGUUGCUGACUACGUCGUGUUUGGAAUAAUGUUGAUAAUGUCUGCCUCGAUCGGUGUGUACUACCGAUUUACCGGUGGCAAACAGAAGACUACGCAGGAGUACAUGUUGGGUGAUAAGAAUCAGAGUAUUUUUCCAGUUGCUUUUUCUUUGAUGGCCAGUUUCAUAACUGCGAUAUCGAUGUUUGGUUUGAGCUCAGAAGUAUAUACUCGUGGUACCCAGUUUUCUGUCAUAAUUUUUUCAUACAUGAUUGCCACUCCCGUAAUAGGUUAUUUAUAUCUGCCGGUUUUCUUCAAACUCGGAAACUUGUCUCUUUAUGAGUACUUAGAAAUACGAUUUGGACGUUUAACGCGAAUAAUCACGUCAUUGGCGUUCAGUAUACAAAUGAUAAUGUACAUGGCGAUCGUAUUGUAUGUCCCAGCGCUGACUUUAGAAGCUGUAACCGGAUUACCUCAGUCUGCUUCCAUUGUACUUGUGGGAGUGGUGUGUGUGUUCUAUUCUACAAUGGGUGGAAUAAAAGCAGUCAUUUUAACGGAUUUAUUACAAUCACUUCUUAUGUACGCGUCGGUAAUUGCAGUUAUUGGGGUCGCUUUGUAUGAAACUGGUGGUCUAUCGGAAAUUUUGGAAAUUUCCAAUAAAUAUGGGCGUAUUAAUUUUGGAAAUUUCAACAUCGAUCCAACAGUAAGGCACAGUUGGUUUAGUAUACUAAUUGGAGGGUUUUUCACUCAGAUUUCUUUGUAUGCUGUAAAUCAAACACAAAUACAGAGGUUUUUAACUAUGAAAGACUAUAAGACUGCCGUUACUGCGCUGUGGUGUAGUUUACCGCUAGUAGUGGUAAUAUCUCUUUUAACAAGUUUGUCUGGUCUAGCGAUGUUUUCCAAAUAUUACGACUGUGAUCCUAUAAAGUCUGGUCGUAUAUCAAAUGGUGAUCAAUUGAUGCCAUUGUAUGUGUUGGACACCAUGGGAUCUAUACCUGGGUUAACUGGAUUAUUCAUAGCUGGAAUAUUUUCUUCUGCUAUGAGCUCUGUAUCACCAAUUCUUAACUCAAUGGCAGCAAUCACAAUGGAAGAUUACAUAAAGCCAUUUAAAAAACAAGAAAUAUCGGAUAAAAAACGAGUCUAUCUUAUGAAAAUUUUAGUUCUCGUGUACGGUGGUGUUUGCAUUACAUUAUCGUUUUUGGCAAAAUAUAUGGGUGCGGUGCUUCAAAGUGCGUUGACCAUAUUCGGAGUAAUUGGUGGACCUGUAUUGGCCGUGUUUACAUUGGGAAUACUCUUACCCUAUAUCAACCAAAAAGGCGCGCUGACCGGGCUAAUAUUUGGUUUGACAUUUUCGUUUAUCAUUGGAUUUGGCGGGCCUAAACCUCCAGUUGAAAAUCUACCUUCUUUCACAAAUUCGUGUACAAUAUUUAAUAACUCAGAUUCUACUCAGCUUUUGUCAUCAUAUCAAGAAGUGCCUCACGAAGACAGUUAUAUAUAUUUAUAUCGAAUUAGUUACCUGUACUACAUAGUGUUGGGAUUUAUGGUUACAUUUGUAGUGGCAAUGGUAGUGAGUGCAAUUUUCCGUGGAACAAAUCGUGACUAUAAUCCGGAUCUAUUCACCCCAUAUGUGGCAAAUCGAUUGAAAAGACGUGAUAGAGAUUAUGAACAAAGCUAAUAAUGUCAUAUAUUAUUGAAGUUCAAGUUUGAAUAUCAAGCAAAUACAUAACUUAGGUACUUGUCCAUUUAUAUAAAAUCAGUAUACAUGAUUAUGUUGAAAUAUAAUAUGAUGUUUAAUAUUUUAUAGUAAAUAAAUAAUCAUCAAACAAAUAA